UUCUACAGCAAACAGCUCAUGAUGUCAUCAACUUGCGCCGGAAAAAUGUGUAUUCGGUAUAAGAUGAAGGUGUAAUACAUACUAAAAUGAUACCAACACUUGAUAUGUUUUCGGUUUCACGGAUGAUGUGGCAUUCGUAAAGAGAUGGGACAUAAUAUAUAUGUUAUAUGAAGUUGUUGAAAACGGGAAAUAUCUGUCAACAUGUCUUUCUUUGUAGAUUCGGUAAUUAUGUUCACCUCCCAGGUGCUGUUUUUCGGAUUCGGUUGGUUGUUUUUUAUGCGGCAGUUAUUUAAAGAUUAUGAGGUGCGACAGUAUGUGGUACAAGUAGUUUUCUCAGUCACAUUUGCAUUCUCUUGCACAAUGUUUGAACUUAUAAUCUUUGAAAUCCUUGGAGCAUUAAGUAGCACGUCCAGAUAUUUUCACUGGAAGCUGAACUUGUAUGUUAUACUGCUGGUUUUAAUCUUUGUAGUGCCUUUCUACAUUGGCUACUUUGUAGUCAGUAACAUACGUUUGUUGCAGAGACAGAAGUUGUUGUUUGCAUGUGUCGUUUGGUUCACAUUUAUGUAUUUUUUCUGGAAACUUGGAGAUCCUUUUCCCAUAUUAAGUCCAAAGCAUGGUAUUCUGUCUAUAGAGCAGCUCAUCAGCCGUGUUGGGGUCAUUGGGGUCACACUGAUGGCUCUGCUGUCUGGAUUUGGUGCUGUGAACUGCCCCUACACAUACAUGUCCUAUUUUCUGAGGAAUGUAACAGACAGUGACAUCCUGGCCCUAGAGAGACGGCUGCUUCAGACUAUGGACAUGAUUGUCAGUAAAAAAAAAAGAAUUGCCAUGGCAAGGAGGCAGAUGUACCAGCGAGGAGAGGACCAAAACAAACAGACUGGAUUCUGGGGGAUGCUCAAGAGCGUCACUUCCUCUACUUCAGGCAGUGAGAAUCUGUCUCUAAUCCAGCAUGAGGUAGAUGCUCUAGAGGAGCUCAGUAGGCAGCUCUUCCUGGAGACAGUGGACCUACAGGCUACCAAGGAGCGGAUAGAAUACUCAAAGACGUUUCAAGGAAAAUACUUCAACUUUUUGGGGUACUUCUUCUCGAUCUAUUGUGUGUGGAAGAUAUUCAUGGCCACCAUCAACAUAGUCUUUGACCGUGUGGGGAAGACUGACCCAGUGACGAGAGGGAUUGAGAUCACCGUCAACUAUUUGGGAAUUCAAUUUGAUGUAAAAUUCUGGUCUCAGCAUAUUUCUUUUAUCCUGGUCGGAAUCAUCAUCGUCACCUCCAUCCGAGGCCUUUUAAUCACUCUCACGAAGUUCUUCUAUGCCAUCUCUAGCAGCAAGUCAUCCAAUGUAAUAGUGCUGGUCCUGGCCCAGAUCAUGGGGAUGUAUUUUGUGUCCUCUGUGUUACUCAUGCGCAUGAGCAUGCCCCUGGAGUACCGCACCAUCGUCACUGAGGUCCUGGGAGAGCUACAAUUCAACUUCUACCAUCGCUGGUUUGAUGUGAUCUUCCUUGUUAGUGCUCUAUCCAGCAUCCUCUUCCUCUACCUGGCACACAAGCAGGCACCUGAGAAGCACAUGACCAUGUGACUUACUGAAUGACCUCAUCUGAGGGAGAUGAACUAAAGUGUUAAUCUGCUUCUUCCUUCUGUUUCUCAGAGGCCUCUUUUAAAAAAAAAAAAAUUCUACUCAGACUGAAUUUCCUGAAUCAGGAAGAGCCUAGAAGAUGCUGGUUUGGUUUAAAGGUGAAGGGAAUUUGGUUGAUUAGUUAAAUUAUACUAGAGUUAAUCAUCCAUUAACGGUAUUUUAAUUGAAAAUUCUCUCAAAAAAUAUGAGCAAGUGUGUUUUUUUUUUUUUUUAAUUUUCUUUAAUUGGAUCAGACGUACAGUCAGCACUGAUAGCAACAUAGACAUAAUGGGUUUUUACACUGUUCUUGUUUAUAAAUAAAAUGAUAACUCCAGUGUAUUAUUCCAACUUUGUGUGUAUGUAUAUGAACAAAAAAAAAAAACUGGCAAAAUGGAUUUGUCUAUGUGAACAUUUCUGUACCAUAAAUGAACAUCAUGUUUUCAGGACAUAACUCUAGAAUACAGAAUGGCACAGAGGGAUUAAACUAAUUUUUAUAUAAUAUAUAUAAUUUUUUUUAAUUACUUAAUACUGUAUUCUAAGCAAAGUGAAUAGCUCAGUGCUGAAUAUCUAAGUUCUAAAUAUUAACUCGGUGAGUGUUUGAAUGCACUGAAGUAUAGAUAAACAAGUGAAAGUGUUACUGAGCACUUGCUGUUAUCAAAAGCAUUAUGGUGCAAAGAGCAUAAGUUUGUAUAUGAUAUGAUCUUACACGAUCGGCACCCACAUGAUGGCAUGAAUUAAGGUGGUUUGUGUCACAUGUGAGGUGUUGUCUGCCUCAUAUAUAGAAAAAAAACAUGCAUGGAAAAUGUAACUCUGCUCUGAUGCAGUACUUGGUAUUACUGCUUCUGCAUCUUUUUACUUGCCAGUGUUAAUUGUAGAUUGGAAAACUCCUGUAAUCUGAGUGGAUAGACUCCAUGACCACUUUCCAUUUAAAAAAAAAGUGUCUUUCAGUAGUGCAAUCAUUAAACUACUUAUAUUUAAA